AGAACGGAACGUGCCUGAAAGAAAGAAAAUUGCUACACCAUGGAUGCAGCGGUUUCUUCCAGCACCGAUCGCAGCCUGCAGCAGAAUCCGGCCGUUCGGCGUCGUCAAAUGCGGCAGAAGGUUUUGAAUCGCAUCCGGAAGGUCAACAUCAAGAACAAGGGAGCGAAAAGCUUCUAUUACUUCACGUACGAAACUGUGGCGGCGGACGGCAAGAGCAAAACCUCCGGAUCUACCGCUUCGACCUACUUUUUCAAUGGGGAACCCUGCGAAGGAGACGAACAGUUCCUGAAGCAAAUGAAACGCAGCGUGUUCGUAACUAAUGUAGCCGCCGGAACAAGAAAAUCGGAAAUCAAGGAACUGUUUGACCGGUAUGGUAAAAUAGAGAGUAUCCAACUGAAGGCCAGAAACGGCGAAACCAUCGUUGGACAACAGCACAUUUCUCCGUACAGUCCAAUCGUUGCCAUCGUGAAGUUCAGCAAAAAGGAAGAGGCUGAACACGCAUGCGAGACGAAGGAUGGGAAAUAUCAGGCAAAGUUGGUCGAUUUGCGGUCCAAUUAUGGUAAGAUUAUUUGCUGCGACUUGUUUGAGUGCUUCUUUUCAGAAUUGGAAUCCCUUUUCAGAAAAGAGAACUGCAUUCGCGUCGACAAUGUAGAUCCUAAGGCAACAAAAACGGAAUUGCGAGAGUACUACAACCAUUUUGGAACGAUUCUCGGUGUUUCGCUGGAGACAAAUGACGGCUCUUUGAUACUGACCGACAAGGAAUAUCAAAAACUGAGUUACGUUUGCUGGCUACAUUCGCUCAGUCGCAGAAGUGAGGCCAAGGCUGCGCGAGAGAUGCAUGAGUACAUUUUUCGGGGAUAG